AUGGCGCCUCCUGUAGCGGUCGUUGCUACUGCACCCGAGCCACGCUACUACGUAUCGGCUCACGAUACGGACAAGCUUCUGUCCCGCUUGUCGGAGUGGAAGCCCAGCCCGGCGACUCCCGACGAGCUUGCCCGGAGCGGAUAUCCGUCGUCGCUCACAUCCCCGCUGGUGUGGAAGGGAACUGAAGUAUCAGCUCGGGAGGGAGAGUGGCUUGCGGUCCUUUCCGAGGAGGACAUUGUGAGGAUUGAAGACGGGCUUGCUCACUUUCGUGGCUUGGGCCUUGACCCGGCCUCGAUCUCGCCCGAGACCUUCCCGCUGCCUGCCGAGCUCAGGGCCCGAUUGGACGGCAUCUCGGCGACUUGCUACAACGGCAUCGGAUUCACGGUCCUCAGGGGUUUGGACCCGGAGAAAUACUCCGAGGACGACAACGCGCUGAUAUUCAUGGGCAUCUCGGCCAAUGUGGCCACUGUCCGCGCCUUCCAGGACCGGAAGAGAAGCCAGGUUCUAUGCCACGUCGUCAACGCUGCGGUGAAUAUGGAAAGAGAGAAGGUCACGUCGCCGGGGUUUACCGAUGGCGCAAUGAGCUUCCACAACGACGAAGGAGAUAUCCUCGCCCUGUACGUCAGGGAUGGGGCCGAGACGGGUGGGCGAACCCAGAUCGCGAGCGGGUGGCAUCUCUACAACGUCCUCGCCGGCAAACGCCCGGACAUCAUCAAGAAGCUCGCUGAGAAUUGGGUUCUCGACUCAUUCCAGGACUACACCCAGUUCCCGCCCACGCCGGCCCCUUGCAUCCACGCCAAGGACGGCAAGGUCAUGUUCACCUUCUCGCGGUACCCGCUGACGGGGUUCGGGCCCAACCGCAAGCGCAACAAGGCGCUGCCGCCUGUGAGCGAGGCGCAGCUGGAGGCGCUGAACGCGGUCGAGGUGCUCGCCCGGCAGGACGCCUUCGCCCUCCCGACGCGCAAGGGCGACGUGGUGUACAUGAACAACCUGGCGCUACUGCACGGCCGGGAGCGCUUCACGGAGAAGCAGCAGCAGGAGCAGAAGGACAGGGCCUUCACGCAGCGCCACCUGCUCAAGCUCUGCCUCCGCGACCCGGCCCGCAGUUGGCCGGCGCCGGCGUCGCUGGCGCCCGUCUGGGAGCGCAUCUACGGCAGCAACCGGCCCGACGGGUCGCGCGAGGAGCUCUGCUGCCUCCAGUACGCCCCGGGACAGGAGUCGCUGUGGGCUCGCAACGGUUGA